CGUUGGUUUUCACUUUUCCACGACUUUUCUUCUCUGACUGCCAGCUUUUGAAUUUAACGAACGAAUACCAUCGGCGACACCCACCGACUUGACUUUCCCUUCGAAUCAGAUUUCUACAUUUCUUACGUUUUCUAAGCGCUUCUCACCGUUUCUCUGUCCCUCUUCAUAGCUGUCUCUGAAAUUCUCUGUUCCUCUCUCUCGCUCGCUAUCUCGGCCUCUCUCUGUUCCUCUCUCUUCGCUCGGUCGAAGGCGGCCACAAUUCCUCUCUCUCGCUUGGUUGAAGAGGGCUGGAAGACUUUUUGGCAUUGUUUGAUUGAGGCUGGUGAUGGUGAGGGCAGAGGCUGAGAACAAGGGCUGUGGAAAGCGAUGGAGCUGGGCGGUGGUUGGAGCUCUCAUCACCAUCUUUGUCGCUGUGGCUGUGUCUUCGAGGACUUCUCCGAAUUUGUCGCUCUUCAGACUGACUCGAACGCCUUGUAACUGUGCUAAGUAUAGCGGGAUUGUUGAAGAUUGUUGUUGUGAUUAUGAAACUGUGGACCGUCUUAAUGAAGAACUGUUGCAUCCAUCGCUCCAAGAGCUUGUUAAAACCUCGUUCUUCCGGUAUUUCAAGGCUAAGUUGUGGUGUGACUGCCCUUUCUGGCCUGAUGAUGGUAUGUGCCGUCUGCGGGAUUGCAGCGUUUGUGAAUGCCCAGAAAGCGAGUUCCCUGAAUCAUUUAAGGUGCCCCAUUAUGUCCUCUCACAAGAGGAUCCUAUCUGUCAAGAGGGAAAGCCGCAAGCAGCUGUCGACCGUACAAUAGAUAGUAAAGCUUUCAGAGGCUGGACAGAAACAGACAAUCCCUGGACAAAUGAUGAUGAAACCGACAAUUCUGAGAUGACAUAUGUUAACCUUCAACUGAAUCCUGAGCGCUAUACUGGCUACACUGGUCCAUCCGCCAGAAGGAUAUGGGAUGCUAUCUACAGUGAGAACUGCCCCAAAUAUCCAUCUGAAGAGUUAUGCCAAGAGGAAAAAAUUUUGUACAAACUGAUAUCUGGUCUUCACUCAUCGAUUUCAAUCCAUAUAGCUGCUGAUUAUCUACUCGAUGAAGCUUUAAACUUGUGGGGUCAAAAUCUCUCCUUGAUGUAUGAUCGGGUCCUAAGAUACCCAGAUCGUGUCAGAAACUUGUACUUCACUUUUCUCUUUGUUCUUCGAGCUGUGACAAAGGCAGCAGAUUAUUUGGAAUAUGCUGAGUACAAUACUGGUAACCCGAAUGAAGACCUGAAGACGCAGUCCUUGAUGAGACAGCUACUUUUCAAUCCUAAACUACAAGCUGCAUGCCCAGUCCCAUUUGAUGAAGCCAAAUUGUGGAAAGGUCAACGCGGACCUGAAUUAAAGCAGCAAAUACAAAAGCAAUUCAGAAACAUAAGUGCAUUGAUGGACUGUGUAGGAUGUGAGAAGUGUCGUCUGUGGGGAAAGCUUCAGGUCCUUGGCCUUGGUACUGCAUUGAAAAUCCUCUUCUCUGUCGAUGGACAAGAACACUCGGCUCAGAAUCUCCAGUUGCAAAGGAAUGAAGUGAUUGCCUUGAUGAACCUACUAAAUCGUCUGUCAGAGUCUGUCAAAUUUUUCCAUGAAAUGGGACCUUCAGUUGAAAGGAUCAUGGAAGGACAGAUUUCUUCACCCAGCGCUGCAAAUAGCUUAUGGCAAAGGAUUUUGUCAUUCAGAGUUUAAACAAAGGUAAGUAGUUGAGCUCGGUUUGAAACAGCCAUACAUUACUUCCAAGAGAUAGACUAUCAGGAAAGCAGUGUGGGUUUCAGAAAGAAAUGGCCCAUGGAAGGAUAGAAUAGACUUGUAUAAGAAUCAUUUCAAAGGCAUGUGCAGAUGGUAAAUUUGCAUUGAGUUAUGAUAAAAAUUAUAUUUUUAUCUUACAACUAUUUCACGAUGCUGAUGUUACAGUCUUAACCAACCCUUAAUUUUGUUUUUUAGCGGACUGAUCCAAAGGUUGAUAAGAACUGUCACGUCAUCAUUGUGGGAUAAUUGUUAAAAAUAUGAUUUUUAGCAUUAUUUCAUUUGCAUUUUGCUGUAUAUGAAAAUUUUGAAAGGUGAAGAGCAUAUAAAUCAUACUGCACUUUCUUCUUUUUCUUUA